CACCACGUGCUUUCUUUCCCUAAGGCAGAGAAGGAGGCAAGGCGCCGGCGUGAGCGGUUCUGCUUUCUCCGUCCGCUUCCCACGGUUUGAUUCCGACGCGUUUUGCAAUUCCCAAAGCAUUUGCAUCUCCCCGCGGCUCGGGCUUCCCCCCUCUGUCGGGAAUCUCUCGGGGGAACUUCUGUUCCGCUCCUGUUCGCCGGCCAGCCGCUCUGCAGUCUCCACUCGGCACGCAGCCCACCGCCUUUACGCUCAGGCUCGGGCUGCAGCUGAACGCCUUCGCCGUCGUCUGUGCGCAACAGCGACUCGGAUCCCCCUUCCCCCACGGAUUAAGGGGUGUCUAUAACGAGUCCCCCCCCCCCCCGCUGUUGCAGAGAACGAGGCGCCACGAAGUGAUCGAGAAAUCCGAGCGGAAGCGAAAGCAUCAAAUAGACCGAAGAUCCGCUGUCCUUCGCCCGAUGGCUUCAGAAUAUACCUGCAUGACAGCUCCUACCUACCUAAUCGAGAACAGACGCGAUGGGAAGUUUGUGGUAAAUGAGGAGGCUGCAGACUUGCUUACGGGGAUCCGCCAGCCCGUGGUGGUAGUGGCCAUCGCAGGGCUGUACCGCACGGGCAAGUCCUACCUUAUGAACAGACUCGCCGGCAAGAGAAAAGGUUUCUGCCUGGGCGCCACUGUGCAGGCACUGACCAAGGGCAUCUGGAUGUGGUGCCUACCUCAUCCCCACAGGCCUGAUUGCACGCUGGUCUUGCUGGACACGGAGGGAUUGGGUGAUGUGCGGAAGGGGAACACAGAGAAUGAUUCAUGGAUCUUUGCACUGGCCAUUCUGCUCAGCAGCACCCUGGUGUAUAACAGCAUGGUCGCUAUUGACCAGAAUGCCUUGGAGAAGCUGCAGUAUGUUGUGGAGCUGACAAAGAAGAUUAGAGCAAAAGUUUCCUCUGGACGUUCACAAGAGGACGACAAUUCUGCCGAAUUUGUUCGUUUCUUCCCGGCCUUUAUCUGGGCUGUGCGGGAUUUCACGCUGCAACUGGAGAUAAACGGGCAGCCUGUCAGCGAGGACGGGUACCUGGAGGAUGCUUUGAAAUUGCAGCAAGGCGACUCAGAGCAAAUCAAUAAGUGCAACAUGCCCCGGUUAUGUAUCCGCAAGUUCUUCCCUUCGCGGAAAUGUUUCACGUUUGACCGUCCAACUAACAAGCGGAACCUGCCUCGGCUUGAGGAACUGGAAGAAGAAGAGCUGGAGGUUGAUUUUUUGGAACCAAUGACCCGUUUCUGUGAACACAUUUGGAAGACCUCCCAACCCAAGACGGUACCAGGAGGCCACACUGUGACUGGAAGAAUGCUUGCGAACCUGGUGAAGUCCUACGUGGAUGCUAUCAACAGCGGGGAAGUGCCUUGCUUGGAGAAUGCAGUCCUGGCCCUGGCCGAGAUUGAGAAUUCAGCUGCCAUGCGGGAGGCCAUUUCCAGCUAUGAAGAACGGAUGGGACAGCGGCUGAAGAUGCCCACGGGCACGGUGGAAGAGCUGCUGCGGGUGCACGCAGAGUGUGAGCGGGAGGCCAACGCCGUGUUCAUGGCCCGUGCAUUUGGGGAGAACAUUAAAAGCUUUCAAGAGGAGCUUGCGCAAAAGUUGAAGCAGAAACAGAAGGAGUUCUGCGAGAGGAAUGAGCAGGAGUCCCGCGACCGCUGCUUUGCUGCACUUACAGGACUUGCCCAGGAGCUGGAAAAUGGGAUCCAACGGGGAAUCUACUCUGUGCCUGGAGGCUACAAGCAUUUUUUGAAGAAAAUGCAUGAAAUAGAAGAGGAAUAUCAUUCGGUGCCUGACAAAGGAAUUCAGGCUGACAAAGCUCUUGAAGAGUUCCUGAAAUCCAAGGAGACGGUGGCAAAAUCUAUCCUUCAGAUGGACAAGGCCCUGACUGACAAGGAGAAAGAAAUUGAAGCCCAGCGCACUGAGGCCCAAGCAGCCAAACUUCAGCAGAAGCUAUUGGAGCAGGAGCAGGCCAGGCUGGCGCAAAUGCUGGACGAUCAGAAACGAAGCCAUGAAGAGCAGCUCCAGCUGCUGAACAAGAAGAUGGAGGAGGAGAAGAAGAAGAUGCAAGAGGAAACCGAAAGGAUGUUGCAGCAUAAGCUCAAGGAACAUGAGCAACUGGUGAAAGAAGGAUUUGAACAAAAAGCCAGAGAAAUGGAAAGUGAAAUUCAACGACUUAAAGAAGAGAGUAGCAACUCUUUUAUGUCACACCUAGCGCAUCUAAUAGAAAAACUGGGCCCGCAUCUGAUAGCUUUGGGGGGUCAGGCUAUGCAACAUAAGAUGUAUUCUGACAUAGCUAAAAUACCAAAAGAUUCAAAGAAAUAGUUCAGAGAUGGGAAAGAUUAGGUCUGGUUGCAGAGCUGUGUUUGAAUUUAUCGUUUGAUACCCCCAAACAAAAAUGGUUACAGGGGAGCGCUGGAUGUAGGCCUCUGCUGCUUAAAUUAUUUUAGGAUAAAUCACAAAGUGUUCUCCCUUGGUGUAUUUGCCCUGGCAUUUUCUCUCUAAAUUAGAAUUAGAGAAUUUUAAUUAAUCUUUCCAAAAUUUAAUUUUCUGCUUUUUCUCUCAAAAUUCCAUAUUUCCCAAGUGUGGAAAAUGUCCUCCAGGGCCCCAUCAUUGCAUGCUUUUAAGGAAUCCCGGAAGACUAACUUCUUUACUCUGGCUUUCCCCUGAAUUAUAUUUUAUCAGACUGGGUCAUAGCUGCAAUUGUGUUGUGGGUCUCUGCCCUUUGCUGAUGUUUGUUGUUUGGGGGUACUUUUACUGCGUUGAUUUUUUUUUAUGAAUUAUAUACAUGUUAUUGUUAUAAGCUUGCUUGGGAGGGCUCCUACCCUGAAAGUGGCCUAUAAAUAUUUUAAAUUAAAUAAAAUAUAAAGUAAGCAGCCAGCAAGUGCUUGUAUGAAAAUAAUCUGUAAACUCUAUAUCAACUCUAUAUAUUUUCUCAGUAUUUUAACACCUAAUUUAACUUAAAUUUAAACCUUGUUUUAAUUCUGUAUUUUAACCUAUAUCAACUUUUGCUGUGUGGUUUUAUCCUGGUUUUGUUUUUUAUAUUGUAUUUUGUAUGUGUAUUUAGAUUGUUGGUUUUUAUACUCUUCAUGGUUUUAAUUUUUGUGAACCGCCCAGAGAGCUUCAGCUAUUGGGCGGUAUAAAAAUGUAAUAAAUAAAUAAAUAAAGCGUU